AUGGUCGCACUAACACCAGAACAAAUUUGCUUGUAUCGCUUGCAGGGUUAUAUCAUCCUGCGGGCAAACGUACAUGACUUGGUCAAAGAGUCAGAAUUGAAAAUUUGGACUGAUGAGGUUGCCAAUUGGCCUCAUUACCAUGCUCAAAUUGCUAAAUUACUCUACGGACAGGAACUAGCGAACAUACUUCAACUACUCUCCGGGAGGGAGAUGCAACUGUUCAAAGCCAAGAUUAACUACAAAUUGCCCAAGGGGAAUGGUUUCCACGCUCAUCUCGAUGGACCAGCAUAUGACCACAUUUGCAAGACAGAGCAUGUGACUGCGAACUUCGCUGUCGACCCUGCGGAUUUGGAAAACGGCUGCCUCGAGGUCGUUCCAGGUUCUCAUAAAAUGAUGGUUGAGUUGGCUGAUGGAGGUCCCAUUUCUGACGACUGGAUUGCCAAACAUGAUUGGGUUCCUGUACCACUAAACCCAGGAGACAUUCUGUUCUUCGGCAGUCACUUAGCCCACAAAAGCGGCCCCGACAGAACCAAAAAUCGAAGAGCUAGCCUUUACGCUACAUUUUCAGGGAAGGCCGAUGGUGAAAAUCUUCGCGAGAAAUAUUACAUCCAUCGACGGAUGGUUUUUCAACCAGAUCAUGAGCGUGAGGAAGGGAAAGGUUAUGAUGAUGGUUGGAAAACAUACGGCUUCGCAGCUCCGUUCUCGAAGCCGAAGGUUGAUGAGCCGGCAAAUGCGAUUGUGACCCAUUGA